CAAGAUGGCUGUCCCCAAAGCGAAGGGCUAUCGGCCCAGAUGCUUCUUUGAUGUUCAAAUAAAUGGAUCUCCAGGUAAGAAACGUUAAAUUCCUCGGAUUAAAUGUUUGCAUUGGCUGCUGUUUUUCAAAAUUUAAUUUAUGGAGUCACUUGGGAAGAGAAGCGGGUGAAAUUCAGGUUAUAACUCUCAAUGAUAUGGAAAUACUUAUAAGCUUAAGCUUAUAUUAAGCUUAAUACAGCAGAAGUUUGUUUCUUUGAUUUUAAUCAAUUUUUAUAAUUUUAAACUUAAAUCAAUAUGGCUGUGCAGUAUUGGUUAUGAAUGCUUCCUUCUCUUGAUUAAUGAUUUGAGCCUGUGUGUUAACACUGGGAUAAUCUAAUCUUUUUUAUGGAUUAUUUUGCCCAAUUGAUUGAAAUCAAUAAGGUUUCCAAUGAGCAACCUUAGUCUGCUUGUAACAUAGAAAGAGAAGUAGGUGGGUACAAAAGAAGGCAGGUUUGAAAGAACCUCAAAUCUAAAACUCUUAAAUCUUGCUUGAUUUAAGAAUUAACUUUGCAUUCUUUGUAGCUGGCAGGAUUAUUUUUGAACUGUUUGCUGACAUCUGUCCUAAGACAUCUGACAACUUUAGAGCAUUGUGCACAGGUAGGGAAGUACGUAUUAAUGUAGAUAUAUGUACUACCACUGCCACUACCAACUAUUAUAUUAAUAUGUGACCUUUCACGCGAAAACGUACUAUAACGACUUUCCGUUAAACGGGUGAAAUGAACGGCCAUCGAACGGGUUACAAACGGGUCACCAAGCCGUUUUAAACGGGUUUCAAUGAGUGUUCGAACGGGUGAUUAAGUAUUCGAGCGGGUAGCUUAGCCGUUCGAGCGGCUCGGGAAAAUUGCGAGCGGGUAGCCUAACCGUUCGAACGGGUCGAGAACAUUCGAAGCGGGUAACCAAACCGUUCGAACGGCUCAUAAAAAAUUCGAAGCGGGUAACCAAACCGUUCGAACGGCUCAUAAAAAGUCCGAGCGGGUAACCAAACCGUUCGAACGGCUCAUAAAAAAAUUCGAACGAGCGAUCUAAACGUUCGAACGGCUCAUGAAAUCUUCGAACGAGCAGUCACGAACGGCUUACAAACGUGAUGAUUGUAAUUUGUUUAUUUCGAAUGGUGCCGUGCCGCUACACAUCUCACUUAAAAUUAAUUUCGAACGGAUGGCUUUCAAUCGUUGAAACUGCUCCUGUUUAUUUCACCACUGAAAGCCAAAGAAAGUAAACUUGAAACGCAGAGAACAUUCGUAACUGAGUUUGCUGAAGCGGAACUCGAAAGAAAAUCAACGGCGAAUGCAAACUUGCUAAGUAUUUGCGGUGAUGUUUUUUCUAGCUUUCUUACAAAACAAAUACCCAACUUUUUGUUUCUAACAGUUCCCGAUACAUUUUCAAAUUGUAUGCUAUGCUGACCUUUAAUUUGACUACGACUCAAACGCAUUCCCGUCAGUUCAGUUCGAUUGCGUGUCACGACACCGAUCUCGAUAAAUUUGCAUACAAGUUACACAACAGUGACAGGUAACACAACACCAGCCAAUCGCAUCAAUCACGUUGACAGUCGGACGCGUUGUCAUAACUACUCUCUCGCAGGAACUCUUCUUUACAGCGAAAACCUUCAUCAUGGCUGAAUGCGAUCUGCUUGACGUGCUCAAAAGCGAAGAAAUCAUAGCUAACGUGGCAAAAUUUCUACAAGAAGGAUGCGGGUGCUCUCGUGGCUCGAAAGGCGGCCAGUGUUGUGAAUAGUUUUCGAAGGAAGUUGUUCUUUCCAACCGCAUUGUAACACAGAGUAGAAUUUAAGAAGUUCGCUUCUAUAGGCGACUGAUUACCGUAUGUUUAGAAGCGCAAAAUAUAUUUUCUGCAAGAGCUCUUCGCCUGUAAUAAUAACUUUGCGAGAAGUUUUUAAAGAAAUUACGCGAGUACGCGAACAGGAAAAGACAACCGCUCGUAUGACUGUCUCAUACUCAAGUCGUUUGAACGGAUGGAUGUUCCAGCGAACGGGUGAGCAAGUCGUUCAAACGGUUGGAUGUUUUUAGCAAACGGGUGAGUAAGUCGUUCGAACGGUUGGACGUUUUUAUCGAACGGGUGAGCAAGUCGUUCGAACGGAUGGAUGCUUUUACCAAACGGGUGAGCAAGUCAUUCGAACGGCUGGACGUUUCUGUCGAACGGGUGAUCAAGCCGUUCGAACGGAUGCAAAUUUUUUUCAACGGAUGACCCAGGUCGUUCGAACGAAUGCAAAUUUCUUUCAAACGGCUUUCAAACGGGUUCUAAACGGAAUUCCGUUCGAAAACGGAAAGCCGUUAUAGCACGUUUUCGCGUGAAAGGUCACAUAUUAAUAUUAACCCAUUCGCCCCUGAACCACCCGUAACCGCCCGUGCGGAUCCAGGUCCUUUCUACCCUUUGUGACGUCAUCAGUUUUAACGGUCAAGGACAACUUUCUUCGCUAACUUGUGCAGGGUGAAGAGAUCUUUCAAACCAUACCAGAAUGAGCACAAUUCAGUCAAGGACACCGGAGAAAGAAGCAAAAACCACGUGACAAGGACCCGAAAAUCUCCAUGAAAAUCUUGUUCCAUUACCCACCUACCUUUCCUUUCACCUAAUCCUAAGAUCCUAAAAGCUUUCCUAAAAACUCUUCCCACCAAAAUGAAGCCUACUAAAUGCCCAGCAAGAGAAAAAAAAAAAUGAGGCAAGAAAAGCGAAAAAAGAAGGGAGGAGAGAAAGCGAAAAGUAAAAGUCAAGACUGCUGUGUCACUUUUAAACCCAAAUUUAAACCGAAAUUUUGCUUUCUGCGCAUGCCCGAACUUCGUAAGCUCAUAUUUUGCAUCUGGAUCAGAAGGCCACCAAGUGUACGACCUGUAAACCGGUUUGUGGUAAGUUUUAGCUCUUUAUAGCACGACAGUGACCAGAAAACCACUCGACUAGCUUCAAAACACAUUUUUCAGCAAAAUCUCCAGGAGCGAAUGGGUUAAUAGUAAAAAUGAUAAUGAUAAUAAUAAUAAUGUCAUUUUUCAUAUUACAUGUAAACGUUAGUGUUUUAGAGUUGAGAUUAGUUGAUGCGUGGUUGGCCAUAUACUCACUUGUAAGUGGGAUGGAGUCAUAAUAUUAAAUUCAUGGUCACUUCCUUUUUUGUCUAUUUUACUAGUGCAUACAUACAUACACACGUACACACAUUUUAUUUGUUACACAUGUAUAUACAGUUUAUUUGUAUUUUAAGAUUGAAGCACUAUUGUAACAUACCCGGCCUUGGGUAGCUAUGCUAAUCUAGUGGGGUCCUGUUUUCAGGAAACAAAUACAACUAAAAGUAAUAAUAGUGUUCCAGAUAAGAGAGGGGUCUUGGGUCAAUGACCCAACAAAUAAGGCUUCCUGACCUGACAGAUGACAUACAAGUAUUAAGUUAAAUAUAACGAAAAAAAUUAGCAGGUGGUCUUGGUGACCCCUUAGAUUGUCUACAUGACCCCCCUGUUGAAAUAAUUAACUGGAACACUGAAUAAGAGGCCUAAAAAAAUGCCAGAAUUGACAUAAUGAUGAGAGACUCCUGAUAAACUAAUGCAAUAGUGCAUAGUGUUAUGAAAUUGCUGAACUCUUAAGGAAAUUAAUGGCUAUUUUUUAAGUGAUCAACGUGACAUUUCAUGGAAACUUCAGGCAAGAUUUUUUGGAUUAACUUUGAACCUGUUUUUUAGGAGAAAAAGGUUUAAGCAGGACUUCUGGGAAGCCUCUUCACUAUAAAGGAUCAGGGUUCCAUCGAGUUAUCAAGGAAUUUAUGAUUCAAGGAGGAGACUUUACUAAAGGUAUUUUUAUUUUUAUAUCAAGAUGGUAAAAGAAAAGGCACACUUAAGCUAAAGGCUCAAAUGGCAGGAGCAGCGCCGGACAGAAUGCUAGUCCAAUGCAGGGUUACCCUCCAGCAGUAUGUCGCCAGUGCCCAUUUAUACACCUGGGUGAAGAGAGGCCAAGUGGAGUAAAGUUCCUUGUCUAAGAAAACAAUGCAAUGGGUGACUUUGAACCACAGACCUCCAGAUCCAGAGUUUGAGGUGUUAACUGCUCAACCACACAUAUCAAGAUGGCUCAAAUGGACUUUUCAGAGUUAGAGCCUUAACUAUUGUCAUUAGCAAAGAUACUGGAAAACAAUCUCCUUUAAUAGCUGUAUUGUUACCUAGGAAUUUGUUAUGACUGAUGUUAUUUUGACACAAGAGUUUUCAUCACAAUGUGUAAGUAGUUUGUAAGUGUGCCUAAGUGUAGUUUUUGCAAAAGAAGUUGCAGAUUGUUGCAAUAAAACCUUUUUCGAUGUAUAAAUGGUAGGUUCUGUAUCUUUACUUACAUUAAUAAGAUCUUUUUGUGAGAGUUGCGAGGGAGAGGUUUUGUAACAAGAACAGCAGUUUUUCACAGAGUUUUUAAAAGCUUCUGACUAUUAACACCUGAUGCAAGGUGCUUGUUACUUUUCAUGUUCGUAUCAGAUAUUUUUUUGAUCUGUAAAACAUGUACUACAUCAGUCUUCUAGGUAACACUAAGCAAACUUUUUCCUUGGUUUCUCACUGGAUGUGUGUCAAUAAUUUUUUGCCAAAAAUUGCCGCUUCAAUGAUUCUUGCACUACGCGAUUCUAGUAGCGUGAUGAUAAUCACGUAGUGUGCAACAAGAUUCUCAUUGUGUAGGAAAUGAGACAUGACUGGUAACUUACUUUUGAGUGGCACUGUAUGUCAUGUGCUGUACAAAUCAUUCUUUGCAAACCUUUGAUCAAUUAGAGCAUGCAUUUAAAAUUUGUGACGUGAUGAAAUAAAUUAUAUUUUUCUAUUAAUUUGUCUAUCACAGGAAAUGGUACUGGAGGAGAGUCCAUUUAUGGUGGCACAUUUAAUGGUUUGUAGCUUCACAGUAUUAAUCUCAAUAACAGGACGUGCACUUAGAGUCAUAUUUAGUUGCAAAAAUUGCUGAGGAUUGAGUAUAGUAAACCUCUAAUAUCUGAAUUGACUUUGUGUUAUAGUCAAACAGGAAUUUUAUCAGUAGUUUGUCAGGCCUCGUUGUAAACAUAAAAUUGAGUUGACUACAGUGAAACCCUGAUAUAACAAAGAGCCAAGGGACUGGUGAAAUAUGUUAAUGUCUCUGCUCCUUUAUGAUGCAUGUUAAAUGCAAAGUAAUUUAAUUAUAAAACAAAUAAUGACAAGUUGGGAUUAAAUAGGGGAGCACUGCCUUGCGCUAGGUUAGCCUGUGCGACUUCCGGCAAUGGCGUGACCAAAAAACCUCACGUAUCUCCUCAGCACUACGAACUGAAUGCAAUACAGCACGUGCUGGAUCGAACAAGAGUAUCUUUUUGCAGGACAUAUUAAAUGGCAAUGCAGCCAACAAGCUUGGGGGGAGUGGCUGUGCAGACUUAACCGUACCUCCGAGGAGUGUCCCUAGUUUAUUGAUCGCAUAGCACAAAACAAAGCCCAAACCUCGAUUGUCUCCAAAGGGAAGGAGGGAGGGAAAAAUUUUACAAGAAUAGUAUACUGAGCGCUUAAACCUUGCUGAACAAUAGAACCCAAGUGAACUCUGAACAGUUGUUCUUGGCUUUUAUAACAAGACGAACAUCUGCUGGCAUAGCCAGUGGAAAAGGCUGUGCUACAAGACAGCUCAGCAUUGCAUGUGCAAAUUCUUAGCCAUAAAUAGUGCUUUGAAAAUACUGGCCAAUACUGUGGCUCGUAGUAGCCUACUUAAGACAGCAAGGCUGUAAAAUUCUACGCUAGAAUACAAUGCAUCUUAGAGCUUGCUGAACUUGACAACUUGACUACACAACUGCUUUAUUGAAAAAGAACCGCAAUGAAAGGGUUGCUGAUAACUAGCAUCACGUUCCAUCAACUACAUUUUACUGGUGUGACAGUGAAAUUGCUUUUUGUUAUAACAAGGUUUCGUUGUAUCGAGGUUAUUUUCCAUAUAUUUUAUUAUUACUAUACUGGGGUUAAAAGAAAAUCGUUCAUUAUAUUGAGGACUUUGUUAUAUCAAGGUUCUACUGUUCUGCAAUGACUCUUAUCUCAGGGCUGUCGCUAAAAUUUCAAGUUGCUGGGUAAAUGCAGUUAGUAGGAGGGGAAUUGUACUGAGCUAGGAAUUAGUUCUUUUGGUUCUGUUUUCUUCUUGUUUCCUAUAAGAGAAGCCAGGGCUCACGCUCGUAGUACCCAGGUAAAAUCCCCGACCACUGGUUCGUAGUGACAGCCCUGUAUCUUCCAGUGAACUUACACCUUAUGCAAAUCUGUGUCUCACAAUUAUUAUCUUUUACACAAGAUGUUCUCAGGUUUUGAUUGGUUUAUAUUAAUCUGUCAGCCAAUAAUUCAGCUUGCUUAUGAUGUGGAGAAUGAAACAAUGUUAUGCAAUAUUGGAUUAUGUAUUAACAUUACAGAUCUCAGCAUUAUGACACUCUCAUUGAUCUUCAUUACUAUAACAGUAAAAAGGGCUUAAUUUGCUUAUCAAUAAUAAGCAAAUUACACCCUUUUUUCAGGAAACCCUUAUUUUAUUAUUAAUAUUAUAAAGCUGAUCUAAUGGGAUGUAUAUUUUUAACUGCGUAUCUAAAUAAUAUAUGAAAAUAAUUAAUUUUUUUUUGUUAACUGGGGUUGAAACUUAUGAGAAAUACAAGCAUGUAAUUGUGAUAACUGCAGUGAUUUACUUGUCAUAUUAAGUUUUUUCAUUUUUUGUUUUGCAUAUAACAGAUGAAGGAUUCCAUCUUAAGCAUGAGACAGCAAUGUUGUUGUCCAUGGCUAACAGAGGUCCAAACACUAAUGGUUCUCAGUUUUUUAUGUAAGUAUUUGAUCUUUUAAGAGAUGGAAACCACCCUAUAAUUUGAAACCAAGUAUAAAAUUCAACUGCUCCUGAUCACUCAAAGAUUGGAUAAAUGUAGUGCUAUCCAAUGUAUAAAUUAAUAAUCGCUAUGGAGUGGUUAGCGUGUCAUGAAAUCCAAUUGCCUUGCCCUCUUGAUAGUAAUUUACCUGAUGAAUAGCAUAUACCCACCUUCUGAGCAACUGGGCACUGUUAACUUAAUUACACUGGCAAAUAUAGUUCAGUUCUUUUUUAAUUUCCUGCUGUUGUCUAAUUUUCUCCUCCUUUAAUUCUCAAUUCCUUGCUUUUCUCAAGGCCCCAGGUUCAAGUUUAAAAGAGGGUUUAUGUACUUCAAUGUAUCAACUUGAUAAUAUUAAUCUCUAUCCAGUCGUUGAUCCAGUUGUUUUCUCUAAUUAAUACUUAUCCACUGGAUAUUAAUUUAUCUGCUAAAUAGCAACCUGAUCCAAGGAGUGAACAACUUGGGCCAGAUUUCAGUUCUUCCGAGGUAAAAUGGCAUCUCUGUGAUACAAUAACAAUAUUGUAGUGUGAAUAAAGACAAAGUUUUAAUGUUUUAAGUUUUUAUAGUGUGUUUAUUUUGCUUUUCACAGAACAACUCAGCCUGCCCCACAUCUUGAUGGGUAAGUUUUCUUUUAACUUGAUUCAGCUGUUCUUACUGACAGAAAGGAAAUUUCUGUUAGCAUUAUGAUGUUAUUGCUACAGACAAGGCAGUGUUUCACAUGGUUUCAUUUUUUCAAUUUCAAUACACAAAUAUAAAAAAAGGGCAUCAAAUUUUUAUUUCUCAAACAUCUGAAUUUUUAAAAGAUAUCAAGAUAAAUGUAACAAACAAAAUGCAUAUUAACAUUAUUCCACAACAGAAUAAAAAUUACCAGUAAAACCAGUUCAUAAUUAAAUUUUGUUGUCGAUACACCUAGGCUCUACAGUAGAAACAGUUGUUGUUAUUAAAUCUUAAUCGUUUUUAUAUGAUUUGAAUUUUCUAUGGGUAUUAAAUUAAAAUUUUUUCCGUGUUUUCGUUUUGUGAGGAUAUUAAUUCCCGAAACAAAUUUUGUGAAAUAAAAAAAAAUGUGAAAUUAGGUAAUGGCAUUGUACAUGACUUGUACACAUAAUGCAUUUUUGUUUGUUGCCACUCAAAAGCAAGUCACAGAUCAAUGAUUACCCACACUUCAACAAUGUUGCUCUUGCUUAUAUUGUGGUAUAUUUAUUUUAUUUGUAGGAUUCAUGUGAUAUUUGGCCAAGUAUUGCAAGGUCAGGAAAUAGUAUCAGAGAUAGAGAUUCAAAGAGUUGAUGACAAGAGUAGGCCCCUAGUGGAUGUAAAGAUUAUCAACUGUGGUGAACUUAUUCCAAAAGCAAAGGCUAAAGGUACACGAUAUGUUUCCAUUGACUAAAUUUAUGUACAGAACUGUGCUCUAACAGCAGUGCUGCCUGCUGACCCCUGGCAUCAUACUUUUGCUCUUGGGUGAUGUCUUACUGUUAUUUGUUAACUUUCAACUGCAGAGAAGAAAGCUGAAAAGAAAAGAAGGAAAUCUAAGCGAUAUUCUGACAGCAGCUCCUCAGAUACUGACUCUUCAUCCAGUUCUGGAUCAGAAUCAGACAGUGAUCAGUCAUCAAUUGAUGAGCGGGAGAAAAAGAAACGCAUAAAAAAGAAAAGGAGAAAAAAGAUGAGUGAAUCUGUAAAACUCAAGGACAAGAAGAAAGCAAAGAAGAAAAAGAAAGAGAUAAAAGACAGGUAAGUGGCUGUAACUACACCACAAAUACAUCAAUACACAAACAUUUAACAAAUACAUACAAAAAAUGCAAAUCUGGUAAAAAUGAAUACUGUGAAUAAAAUAAUUAAUGACUUAAUAAAAAAAUGCAUAGACAUAUAAUUUCAAAAAUUAACAUUGUUCGCAAAAAGUACAGCAUUCAAUAAUUCAUUCAUUACACUCAAAUGACAACAUGUACUUGUAGAUAGAUUUGGUUGAGUAGCAAAAAGGACUGAUAGAGCCACUGUACCGAGUGCAGAGCAUAACCGUGGCAAUCAACAUGUUGAAUUCCAAACAAGUUGAGGAGUAAGGGCAGGUCAAAGAGGUUAGGGAGAAAGUAGCCUGUGUAGCAAGCGUUUUUGUGUGGUUUCGGAGCAAAGAAAGAUGGAGGAAUGACAUGGAACAGGAUUUUUGGUUUUGGCCGCACCAAAAAUAGAACAAGAGCAAACUCUUGCUACGCAGGCUAGGGAGAAAGAAGACAAAACAAUAUAUUAUUUUUUCUCCCCUCCCCUUUCUUACAACCUUUUUUUUACCCCAUGACUAGUCCAAGAGUUGCUAUUUCUAUUCUCCCCUGUCUUUCUCAGUGGUCAAAGAUGGCAGCCAUGGCAAUGCAGACAAGCAUUUUUUGCCCACCUUAAAAAUUUGUCUGCAUUGCUGGCUUCCCUGAGAGUAUUUACACAUACCUCGCACUAACCCAGGGUUAUCUUAACCCAGCUUUGAACAAACCUGGCCAAGUAAGUGAUAAGCAAAGGAAUCUGUGGCUACAUUUGAGGUCCCAUAUUACAUAAUAAUGUUGCUUUUACGCCCCCUUCCCUCUUAGUGAAAUAUUGACACUAAUAUCAGCAAUAAAUUUGAAUUCCAGUCCAGGAGAUGCUAAACCAAAGAGUCCUGAACCUUUUAGUUCAGUGGCUGCGGAUGAGAUCCCAGAUGUUCCCAAUAAUUCUUUUCUAUUGAGAAGAAGCCGCACCCCCUCCCCUGUCAGGGAAAAGAGGCUUCCGCAGGCAAAAAAUAGGUAUGUUUCCUCUGAGGUACACCUCACCUUAAUCAUUACUACGAGAGCUGGACUCAUUCCCUUUUCGGUGCAUAAUUAUCAUGAAUUAGGAGUUUGUGAGCAUUUUAGUCCGUACUAAAUUUGCAAUGAUAAAUUUUGCCCAAGGCAAAGCUGUUUCUUUGUUCAAAGCUGUGAGGCAUAUACUAAUAGAAUUAAUUGUGACAUACAAAAGUACUUUGGAAUGGCAAGACAACUAGAUUUCAUCCACAGACUCAAAAAUUAAAACUACAUAGUACCAUGUGAUACCACUGCUCAAUUGAUUCUGAUGGCAAAUGGUUCAGAAAAAGUUGAUCAGAUGUUGAGAGAUAGAUGUCAGUAGUAUCUUAAAGUUGUUUAUAUUAUUUUCUGUUUGUAUGACCACAGGAAAAGUAAGUCUCCUCCAGGGUAUAAAGCUCUGCCUCAAAGUAAUUCACAGGAAAGAACUAGGGUAUGUACACCUGCUUAAAUGAUAUUGUUUGGGAGAUCAGUAGACCUUAUUUCAUUGUAUCCACCAUCUUCGCAUGCACUUCAGGACUGAUAAAUCACGUGACAUUGCAUUUAUCCCAUCAACCCUUGAACGCGUGCGAAGAUGGUGGUUGUUGUGAAUAAGGUCUAUACCUUCAAUAGAAAAUAUCCACAAUUAUUAAUAAAACAAUUACAUCCGAGUCUUUUGGUUCUUAAAAUGAAGCUUCGAUUCUGCGGGUAACUAUUUUUCUUUCUUUUAACACAAUUACAAAACUUUUUACCCUCUAUCAUCUAUCUCUGUCUGUUUUUCUUAUCGGCAGGUUUCCAGGUCGGGAAGGAUUCUACGAGGACGAGGAAAUAUGGUGAGGAAAUUCCCCGGGUAUUAGUUUAAACUUCCUCACGAGAAAAACAAUACACCAGUAGAAAAGGAAAUCACCAACUAAUGAAUCAUUUAGGAACAAAACAAGGCAAAACACAUCUCUGAAAACCCACUUACAGUGUACCCCCCUUCCCCCUUCCGCCCCUCUAAGCAAAGAGCCUGGCCCGAGGCUACUCCAUCGGUUUGAAACAGAACUUAAUCACGUGAUUUUUAUUUUUCAGCGGUAUCGCACACCCCCGCCUUCUUCUCCGGAUGAAAUGCGGAACAUUUCGCGCCGUUUUCCCCCACCUUUGGUGACUCGGUCAAGGUCUCCACGCAGGCGUACAAGGUCUCCUAUGCGUCGUGCACGAUCACCAUUUAGACAGUCGAGGUCUUCUCGAGAACGCUCUAGAUCUCCCCGUCGACGCUCGAAUUCUCCUCGAAGACCCCCGAUGUCUUCUCGAAGACGCUCGAAGUCUCCACGAAAACAAUUAAAUUCCUCACAGAGACGCUCGCUGUCACCUCCAAGACCCCCGAUGUAUUCUCGACGACGGUCGAGGUCCCCACGAAAACACUCAAAUUCCCCACAGAGAUGCUCGCCGUCUCCACGGAGACACUCGGGGUCUCCGCGACAACGCUCGAGGUCUCCACGAAGACAUUCGAAGUCCCCACGAUCACAGUUACUUCAGAGAACAGAUAGCAAACAGCAUAUGAAAGACCGUGAAUCAGCGGAAAGAGUAAUGAAACAGAGCUACUCGGUAAGAGAUGGUAAAAGCAGUGAUAAAUUUGCAACAGUUGAAACACGAGGUGAAAGGAACUCAAAUGAUGAAAAAGCUAACGAAUGUUCACCUGCAACUGAAGAGCGCUUUCCAGAAAGGCGACGUGAAGAAGAGGAAAAGACCUUUGCAAAUGAAGGCUAUGCAAGGUCAACGUUUGCUUCAGUCAAUGAAACUGGCAGACACAGGAGAGGAGAAAAAACUAGCAGUAACAGCGACAGUGAGGAAUUUGAACAAGAAAGUCGAGACAUUUUGUACAGAUUGGAAAAAGAAAGCCAUCUUGCGCGUAAAGAAGACAUUAGGGACAUACGGAAACCAAUUUCUUACUCGAACGGUGAUGAACAGACAUGGAGAAGCUUAGCUCGUGAUUAUGAGUUUGAAGAAGGUCAUGGAACUUUGGACGCACAAAGUUAUGCACCCAUUCCAUUAAGCAAAGAACGUGAAAAUAACCGAGAACGUCUACAAUCUCACGGUAAAAAUAACGAUGAACAGAUUUCUCCAAACGAAGAAAGCGCAGGCAGUGAACAAGAGGACAAACGAGCUUUCCUUCAGGGUGAAGGAAGGUUUAAACAUCAGGGUAUCUCAGAACGUAAAACUGGUCGUCGACAGCGCAGUAGGAGUUUUGAUAGACGCAGAAGCAGCUCUCAGGAGAGUGACCGGAACCGGAAGUCGCGUCAUCACCAUCGUCGUCAUCAUCAUCGUCAUCAUCAUCAUCGACACCAUCAUAAAAGAGACGCGAGGCAAUCGGAAAGAAACAUUGUCGUGACCGAGAAAGAUCAGGACAGUUCAAGUGACUGACUUAACUGCUUGUAAACUUCUCAAAGAUCGGUGAGAUGGUGAACGUAAACAGCACUUCAAUUUUCAAUGUACAAUAUUUUGUACGUUUCUCUGUAGAAACAGUCGAAAACGACACUGAAACGUGCAAAAGGAAGUUAUGUCCUGAGACAAAUAAGAAACGAACUCACAUCCGUUCAAACUUUUUCCAAGUUUUCCGAAGCUUUAAUUCAAACCCCUGUCUAAAGAGAGAAGAACAGGCAUUUAUUCAUGACUUAUCCUUUAACGACAUAUUUAUUGUCUUUCAUACUUGCAUCAAUUUUCCCUUUUGGUGGCUACUUAUCGUAAACUGCCGCUUCUACAUCUUGGUAAGGGGUUUUAGGAGGGUUUAUAAACGGAGGGGCUUACAUCCGAGGGAGCUUAUCACAGGAAUAGAAAACGCUUCGAAGCAAUCUACAGAAGUACGAGUCAAAAUAAUUUUGCAUUUACUGGCUUUUAACUAAGCGU